AUGCGGCGGCGGGUCGGGCGCUUCCGCAGCCUCGCAGGAAGCUGCCGCCACCGGAUGGGGGACCCGGGGCGCCGCCGCCGCCCCCGCCCCCGCCGAGUGGCCUUCCGGCGGGCGGUCCGAGCUGGAGCGAGCCGCCGGGAGGAUGUACGCCGAGCCCCGCGCCGCCGCCGCCGCCGCGGUCUGAGGCCGCCCCACAGGCGCUCCGCCGUCCCGGAAACCGCGCGCGCGCGCGCGCGAGCGGGCGGGCAGGCCGCGGAGCCGGGCGCGGGCGGCGGGGUGGGCGCGGGCCGGGCCGGGAGGCCGGCGGCGGGCGCGACGCGGCCGGCCAGCGCCGCCGGGACGAGCCGGGCGGGCGCCGCGCGGUGGGAGGAGCGGGGCGGCGGCGGCGGCGCGCCGCGCGAGGACGGCCCGGCGGGCCCCGCGCCCGCGCCCCCGCUCCUCCCGGGCCCCUCGGCCUCGGUCGCCGCGGCGAUUCGCGCCUCGCGGCGCCGGCACCUGCCCGCGCGCCCCCCGCGAGCCCCGGGCCCGCGAGCGUUGGCGUUGGCGUUGGCGGCGCGCGCUGGGGCAUGCCCCGCGCCUAGGGCCCGGGGGGCGCGCGGGGGGCGCGCGGGGGGCCCGGGCGGCGGCGGCGGCGGGCGCGGCGCGGGGCGCGUGGAUGUGGCGCCGGGCCCGAGCGGCGGCGGGCUCCAGCGGCGGGACCCCUUCGCCCCGCCCGCCUUCCCCUUCGCUCCGCCGGGCGAGGCCGAGGCCGCGGCCGUGAUCGGCCGGGAGCCGGCGGCGGGGGGAGGCCGGGGCCGGGGCCGGGGGCGCCGCCGGGGCGCGCGGGGCAGCGGCGGGGGCCGCGGGGGCCCGGGCGCGCGGGAGCGGGAGCGGCCUGGGGAGCCGGAGCGCACCAUGGAGGGGGCGGCGGGCGGCCGCGGCGGCUUCCAGCCGCACCCGGGGCUGCAGAAGACGCUGGAGCAGUUCCACCUGAGCUCCAUGAGCUCGCUGGGCGGCCCGGCCGCCUUCUCGGCGCGCUGGGCGCAGGAGGCCUACAAGAAGGAGAGCUCCAAGGAGGCGGGCGCGGCUGCGGUGCCGGCGCCGGUGCCCGCGGCUGCCGAGCCGCCGCCGGUGCUGCACCUGCCCGCCAUCCAGCCGCCGCCGCCCGUGCUGCCCGGGCCCUUCUUCAUGCCGUCCGACCGCUCCACAGAGCGCUGCGAGACCGUGCUGGAGGGCGAGACCAUCUCGUGCUUCGUGGUGGGCGGCGAGAAGCGCCUCUGUCUGCCGCAGAUCCUCAACUCGGUGCUGCGCGACUUCUCGCUGCAGCAGAUCAACUCGGUGUGCGACGAGCUGCACAUCUACUGCUCGCGCUGCACGGCCGACCAGCUGGAGAUCCUCAAAGUCAUGGGCAUCCUGCCCUUCUCGGCGCCCUCGUGCGGGCUCAUCACCAAGACGGACGCUGAGCGCCUGUGCAACGCGCUGCUGUACGGCGGCGCCUACCCGCCGCCCUGCAAGAAGGAGCUGGCGGCCAGCCUGGCGCUGGGCCUGGAGCUCAGCGAGCGCAGCGUGCGCGUGUACCACGAGUGCUUCGGCAAGUGCAAGGGGCUGCUGGUGCCCGAGCUCUACAACAGCCCGAGCGCCGCCUGCAUCCAGUGCCUCGACUGCCGCCUCAUGUACCCACCGCACAAGUUCGUGGUGCACUCGCACAAGGCCCUGGAGAACCGGACCUGCCACUGGGGCUUCGACUCGGCUAACUGGCGGGCCUACAUCCUGCUCAGCCAGGACUACACGGGCAAGGAGGAGCAGGCGCGCCUCGGCCGCUGUUUGGACGACGUCAAGGAGAAGUUCGACUACGGCAACAAGUACAAGCGGCGGGUGCCCCGGGCCUCCGAGCCCCCGGCCUCCGUAAGAAAAGCAGACGACGCCCCCUCCCAGCACCCCACACCCUCCGAGAAGGACAAGCAGUCCGGCUGGCUGCGGACUCUGGCCGGCUCCUCCAGCAAGAGCCUGGGCUGCAUCCACCCUCGCCAGCGCCUCUCUGCCUUCCGACCCUGGUCCCCUGCGGUUUCUGCGAGUGACAAAGAGCUCUCCCCACACCUCCCAGCCCUGAUUCGAGACAGCUUUUACUCCUACAAGAGUUUUGAGACGGGCGUGGCCCCCAACGUGGCCCUAGCACCGCCAGCCCAGCACAAGGUGGCGAGCAGCCCGCCCUGCGCCACGGUCGUCUCCCGGGCCCCCGAGCCCGUCACCAGCUGCGUCCAGCCUCGGAAGCGGAAGCUGACAGUGGACACCCCUGGAGCCCCGGAGACGCCGGCACCCGGGCCUGCCCCCGAGGAGGAGAAGGACUCGGAGGCCGAGGUGGAGGUGGAGGGAAGAGAGGAGUUCACCUCCUCGCUGUCCUCGCUGUCCUCCCCGUCCUUUACCUCAUCCGGCUCCGCCAAGGACCUGAGCUCCCCGGGCCUGCUCGCCCUGCCUGCGGCGCCCGGCGCCCCCGAUGCCGCGGCCCCCGCCGACGCCCUGAGCAGCGGGCUGGAGGCCGAGCUGGAGCAUCUGCGGCAGGCCCUGGAGGGCGGCCUGGACACCAAGGAAGCCAAAGAGAAGUUCCUGCACGAGGUGGUGAAGAUGCGCGUGAAGCAGGAGGAGAAGCUGAGCGCCGCGCUGCAGGCCAAGCGCAGCCUCCACCAGGAGCUGGAGUUCCUGCGCGUGGCCAAGAAGGAGAAGCUGCGGGAGGCCACGGAGGCCAAGCGCAGCCUUCGGAAGGAGAUCGAGCGGCUCCGGGCUGAGAAUGAGAAGAAGAUGAAGGAGGCCAACGAGGCGCGGCUCCGCCUGAAGCGGGAACUGGAGCAGGCGAGGCAGGCGCGCGUGUGCGACAAGGGCUGUGAGGCCGGCCGCCUGCGGGCCAAGUACUCGGCCCAGAUCGAGGACCUGCAGGUGAAGCUGCGGCACGCGGAGGCCGACCGCGAGCAGCUGCGGGCUGACCUCCUGCGGGAGCGGGAGGCCCGGGAGCACCUGGAGAAGGUGGUGAAGGGGCUGCAGGAGCAGCUGUGGCCACGGCCCCGCUCUGAGGCCACGGGCGGCGAGAGCACGGCCGAGCUGGAGCCCUAGCCGGACCCACUGUCUGCUGCGCGGGGCGGACGCCGCAGGGUGGGCGGGCG